CUCCAGACCCGAAAUAGCGUCCGCCCCGGGCAACCGCCGUUAGCCGCCGCUCCUCGACUCGGCUUUUGCGACCCGUACCGUUCGAACGCAGGCUACUAAGCCUGCAGCCUGCUAUGACCUGCAAAGCUUCUGCUUGUUAAGAAAGCGCAUCUCCAUCCGACCUGCACUGGGCUGAUUAGGAAGGCAAGCCAGCCGUCACGUUCGUUGCUCUUAGCAACUGUAACAGCUCCGACUUGCAACGUCGUCUCGACGCAGCGCCUUUAGGACAGAGCGUCAUUCGUUGGGAAGAACCAGGACAGCUAAACUGUGCGCAGUGCUCAUUCGUGUGACAAUCUGUCGACUCCGAUGUGACAAGCCCCUCCUUCUGAGCGCCUUAUUAACGUGGACAGUGGGCACAGUAACCCCAAAGUGAGCACUGUACGAAGGCUUGGAUUCGCCGGCGAUAGUUUGUAAAUAGUGGACUGUCAGGGGAUCGAGCGAGGGCAUCUGUGAAUUCGCCAGCCCAGCUGCGCGUCUACGGCGACGGCGGCGACAUAUGAAAUGCUGGAACGCAACGACUUCGAAACUAGCGCUGCUGCAGCUGCCUGGGCCGGGGCAAUGAGAAGUGCGACCGAGCGCUUUCCGAUACGUCAACGAAGACUGCGCCUACUGUUGUCGGACGACCGUUAAAGAAGCAAGCGAUCGAGAGCCACCGCACAGAAACUUUUUGAGAGGCAUUAAAUCAGAUGUACGUUCACAAUGGAGCACAAAGAAACAAGCCCGACAAGGGAAACGACAAAACUACGGCGGCCCAACUCACUCCCAAUGGAUGAUUCUGGGCACGAGCUUCAAGAUAAGUCGCUCGGCAUGCCGCCCUUCGGACAAGGUCAGAUGCUGGACUGUGAGAAGGAUUUCAUGGAGUUUCUUCUCACGCUUCCUGCCGAGCCGCUCACGACGUCGAAGUCUCUAGAACGGACGAGGAGGCACAGCAAAGGCACAAAGGCAAAGCCCAAGGUUGGUCUGGAUCACCUGGACAACCUAUGCAAGCUAAUGGAACAGCUUGGUGAUCUGAAGGAACAGAACCAUAAACUUCAAAGGCGCGUGCAAUACUUGGAAGACAUGAAGGACCUGCAUGAUAUGCAGAGACUGCUGGAUCCUGACUACGGUCUCGAGGAGCGCCGGGCGUCGUAUCGUACCCCGAGUCCAGGAGGGAGCUCUGCCACGCGGGCACUCGGAGUGCUCGAGGAUGGCGUGCACAGGAGCAGGACGCAGGUCGCACUCCGCUCUAGAGGCUGCUGCCGAUCGCGAGAAAGAAGCAAAUCUGUUGGGACCCAGGAUGACUUCUCCGACUCUAGGAGCAUAAAGAGCAAGCGGUUCCCUAACUGGUCCCGAGUUAAAGAAGCCUUGGGCCUCGAACGGUCAGCGACCGAAUGCGAAGGCACUUCCAAAGGAGCCCUCGCAUGCACGAGUGCCUCGGACGGGGGUUCGUUUCAGGACGAAGGUCUCGCCGUCCCUGUCACUGACGGAUGGCCUGCAGCCUGGGAUGCUGGUAGCCCCGAUCUCCCGCCGCAGUCGUGCUCUUGGUCGGAAGAAAGUUUUCCUGGCAGGAUGCAGGGCGAAGUCUUCAGACCAGGCAGUACGACUCAUGCAACUCUGCGACCAGGGGAACCUGUGCGCCGCAAGUCUUCUUCAACCUCGCCAAGCUGCGUGAGAGACGCGUGCAAGAAGACAGUGUUGGACUCCAAGUGCCACUGUCAUUUAGACUCAGACUCACUGUACCCGGAUGUUGGCGAUUCGUACGGUUCAAGAGAACUAUGCAAGAAAGUUCCUAAAAGCGCAUGGGGUAGAGUGAAGAACCUGAUCCAGACAGGACGUGAGACCGUCAAGAGGCAGCAGCCUUCGAGAAAUGCCAAAUCUGGCUCUUCACAGACGCCAACACGGGCCGACUUGAGAGUCGACUCGGACCCUACAAACUGUGGCGUUCCCAGCGAUCCAGAAGAUAGUUUGGCAUCACGCAGAAGAGAAGUCCGUAGGCGUAAGGCCUCCGACCAGCUGGGCUCUUCUUCAAGGAACUCAAGAACUUCAGAUGAUCUGCAGUUCUUGCCGAAGGAACAUUCAAAAUCACAGAGUCAUAUACAAAGUGUAGCUAAUCAGCUUGAUGUUGAAUGCGAGACUAACCAAAAGUCAAGGCUUCAGCAACAAGUUUCAUGCCCAUCCGAGCACGAGGUAUCAAAGUUCACCCUCACUGCUUCGGAGCGGAGCAAUGCGCCCUCUCCACAAUCACCGCAGUCGCAGCGGAAGUCUCGCUGGAACCGCGUAAAAAAGGUCUUUUCAGGAGCUACACAGGACAAAAAGGAAGAGGAGCCACCCGGCGCUUCUAACCCGUCUAGCCCCUUGUCUACAACAUUGGUCUUCGAUUUCGACGACUUAGGUGCAUGCGAAGGCGAACGACCAGCUCCUCGGCGCUCCGAAGAUGCUGCCGAGGCACUGUCCAGCAAUCCGACUUCAUUGUGUCAUUCGUCUACGGCACCAGUAUCAAGCCUGGUUCAAGAGCUUCAACGAAACCUCAGCGAGGAUUUCAACCAGAAGAUAUUGGAAUGGGAAAGAAUGAAAGCUGCCAAGUCCGGCAGAAGUCCAAGGCCUAUCCGCAAAUCCUCGGUGCCACAUCGUACUACUGUGGUUGCAAACAAGGGCACGCGAGAUAAAACCAAAGCGCCGCGUCCCGACAAGAAGAAGGACCUCACCUGGGUGAAUCGCGAGUUGCAAAAAAUGGAACGUGAAAAAGAGCGUCUGUCUCGAGAAACGCAUAAGUUUCAAGAACGCUCAGUGCGCUUGCACAGGCUUCGACAGGCGCUCCUGAAUGCACCGGCGAGCAGCAAUGAGGUGCUUGUGCGAACUUCCGCUGGAGAAUUUCGAUUCGAAGGGAUUUCUAACGCUUUCACCAAAAAAUUGUACGAGUGGGAAACCAAAAAGGGUGUCGUUCCGGAGUUCUCCACCAUAGCAUUACUGGACGCCAGUCUGCAGACAACGGGCCGGAAUGGGGACAAAGCAGCGCCUGGGAAUGUUCGCGUCCUGUCCAGAUCAGAGUCAAGCGUUGUCGAGCCCAGCAACGCACUGCAGUCACGAGCUUCAACGAGCUCUUUGCCUUCAAUGAAGCCUGAUACUCUCUUGGUGCCCGAAGACAAAAAGGAGGUCUCCCGCUCUCGAGCUAAUUCUGAACCGGACUUAUGCAGCUCUGGCAACAAAAAUGGCUGUACCGCGUCCAGGCCCCGAACUGUCAGUGUUGGAUCUGCCGAGACGGGUUUUGCACAUCCCGAAGUGACAUGGCUUAUCGACAGUGGUUCCGGAGAAAUUGACGAUCAAUUCGAGCCAAAGCCAUGCCAGGAGGCCAGUGAAACGAAGCACGCGGAGGACAGUUACUAUACGCUUCUGGAAGAGAACAUGCUUCUGUUGGAACAGUUAAGAGCCAAAGAAAACGUCUGCGCACGCCUGGAAGCCAACCUCGAGCGGCUUGAUGAGCGUCUGGAAAUGAUGUCCUCUAGGCAUAGGGAAGAAAUUGAACGCUACCGGGAGAGCCUUUGGAAUGCACACCGGCCGGCAGGUGUGCAAAGGGGCUCCCUCGCAUCCCUAAAGGCUGCCGCAGACUUCCGCUACCGGUUGGAGGACCUCGAGAGGUGCAACUUCCGCCUCCAAGAAGAGCGCAGAGCGUUGCAGGAAACCAUCCGCUCGCACAGCCAGGAGCAGGCGUCUUUAAUUUGGGACAUCGUCGACAAGGUCAAAGAACUUCAGGCUCUGAAUACUGAUAUCCACAGUAGUGACGUUGAAGGCCGGAGGACGUCUUUGAUGCGGCUCGAUGCAGACGGCUUGGCGCGCAUUCAACAGCUCUCCGAGCAGCUCCUGCAGUCGGCGCAGCUCCUGGAGGCCGCUGUGGCGGAACGCACGAACCAGGUGUGUCAGCUUCGCAGGGAACUUCUCAUGUGUGAGCUGGCCUCCGCCGGCCGUGGCGCCAUCAAGCCUUCCAGGUCACUGCGCACCCUGCGCUCCGCCAGCGACGGAGUACUCGGCGCUGUUCGGAGCCUGCACUCUGACGAGGGCGUCAGCAAAAGCGGACUCCGCAUAAGCACCACGUCGCCGGCUGUGGAACGAGGUCCUGGACCGUCGGUGCAGCUCAUGGAGACCGUGCACAAGCUGCGCUCCGAACUGCUGCGCCUGUUCGCGUUUCAUGGAACCAGCUCGGCACUAGGCGAGGAUCCCACCGAAGAGGCUGCUCAACAGGGCCCGUCAGUGAAUCAGGUGCCAGACACAGCCGACCUCAGCCGUCGCCCGAACGGUUUUCGAGAGAAUGCUCGCCACUCGCUGGCCUCGUCGUCAGAGAGUCCAUCACACAGGUCGGCUCCUGAGGCGCUGGCCUCAGGCCACGACGGCAGCGAGAGUUCCAGCAUCAACGACAGCGAGCACGUGGCCCUGGGCCUGCGGCUGCCGCGCAGCUGCUGGGCCCGAGCGCGAGACACGCUGUCCACGUCGUCGGACAGCUCGUGCUUGGAAGACGACUCCUUCACGCGGAUGGGUCUGAGCAGUGGCGGAGCCAGGCGACUGGGCGAGUCGCAUGACUGGCGCCGCCUCGAGAGAGACCACGGUCGUCGCGUGAGCUGUUGCGGCGACUACGAGGAUGACGUGUUCAACGAUCCCUCGUCGACCUCUAGCCUCGAGGUCGCGUACAACCUCGCUUGGAAGAGCCGUGAUCGUCAUGACCCAAGUGCUGCACAUAGACACACAUCUAACACGACAGAUGCGCCAGCCCGUCUCAGUCAGGACCUAACAUUUUCGUUCCCCCUACAAAAAGCGCGUUCGGAUUCGCCCACAAGCUGCAACGCCAGAAAUGAAACGGCUGAUCUUUGCAGAAAAGAAGGACGUCUUAGCAACAGCCCACACCGCAUUUCAUUCAGUCUGAGUGAUCAUGAUCAUGCAAAGACAGACCGAGGUGCACUGACUGACGUAACAGAAAGGAACUACGAAUCUACGUGUAAGUCGAAAGCAGAGAGGCGUUUUAGAAAAGAAUGUUCAUUGACGGAUCAUGAGCAUGACCAAUCAGACUUGUGGAUUUGCCAGGAACCUUGUCACUCUGAAGCUCAAAGAAGCCACAAGCCCUCAGAAAGCACAUCUUCAAGUCUACAGAGCCGGUCACGGGAUGCUUGCCACAAAGGCUCGCUAACGUCAAGCAGGCAUGGACAGAGUUCUUAUUACAUUCCACAUACAUCGAUGAUGGUACCUGUGGCGAUGCCACAGAGCGCAAAAGAGCUUGCUUCAUCGAAUCAAGAAGUCACUGCUUUUACUUCUGCAGCCGGCAGCCCGCCCUCCCCUCGUUACAACAUAGCAGCUGGUAACGUAGAUGCGCUUUUAGAACAGAGCCAGAAACUGGAAUUUUCCCAUGAAGACCCGACGACGCAGCAUCCGAAGUCCAGACAAGAGCCUACAGAGAAAAGUUUUCUUUCACUUAGAUUACGUCGUCCAAAGAAAAAAGACUAUUCGGCCAUUGGGCAGCUCUGCCGACAGACCUUGCCCCUCUCUAUUAGUGACGAAACUGAAUCUCCUCCGGAAACACUGAAUUCAGUGUUGGAGAGGUCUGCGUCGCCAGUUACGGCAAGGUCGCGUUCAUUCAGUAGAACGAAGUGGCUGCCUCUUUUCGUAACCAAAUCAUAAAUUCAGCACUGAACCCAGGACCACUAAUACCGGUGGUGUGUAUGCCACAUUUAUUGGGUCCCUUCAGUGCUUAUGAGAAUUUUUAUAGAUUUGAAUGCCAUACGAUCCAAGCGCCGUCCCUGGAGCAACGCCGCUGGACUAUGAACAUUUACAACGGCCUUUCGGGCUAGAUGCCGCAUUCUUUACCUGAUCGAGAAAAAAACAGAAAACACGUUACAGAGGAUAUAUUUAAAGCUGCACAAUGUUUUGUCCAAAGUCACGCUUGCCCCCACCUCCCACCAUAACAAAAAACAAAGAAAACGUGUAAAUCCCUUCUUUUCACAUCGCUUCGUUCCUGUACACAUUCUUUUUUCUCAUUGCACAUAGUCGCUCGUUACGCCGAGAGUAAAGGUGCAUGUAAUA